GAGGCUAAUAGUUUGCCCAGGAUCACCCAGCCUGGACCUGUAGAGCUGUCAUCUGAACCCAGAGAAGAGUGAGCUAAGAGCAGAGCUAGGCAGAGGGCAGGGAGGCCCCAGACCCCCAUCCAGGCCCCCAGCUUGCCGCCAUGAAGCUGAACGAACGCAGCCUGGCCUUCUACGCCACUUGCGAUGCGCCUGUGGACAACGCGGGCUUCCUGUACAAGAAGGGCGGGCGGCACGCUGCCUACCACCGUCGCUGGUUCGUGCUGCGCGGCAACAUGCUCUUCUACUUUGAGGACGCGGCCAGCCGCGAGCCGGUGGGCGUCAUCAUCCUGGAGGGCUGCACCGUGGAGCUGGUGGAGGCCGCCGAGGAGUUUGCCUUCGCAGUGCGCUUUGCGGGGACCCGGGCCCGCACCUAUGUGCUGGCGGCUGAGAGCCAGGCCGCCAUGGAGGGCUGGGUGAAGGCUCUGUCGCGGGCCAGCUUUGACUACCUGCGGCUGGUGGUGCGCGAGCUAGAGCAGCAGCUGGCAGCCGUGCGCGCUGGGGCCUGCCCGCCCCCGCCGCUGCCCCGCCGGCCCAGUGCCCUCCCGCCCAAGGAGAAUGGCUGUGCUGUGUGGAGCACCGAGGCCCCAGUGGCCUCUGCUGCACUGUCUGGCUCCGAGCCCCCGCCCCCACCACCCCGUCGCCGGGCCUCUGCGCCCCAUGGGCCUCUAGACGCUGCCCCCUUCGCUCAACUGCACGAGUGGUAUGGCCAGGAGAUCCGGGCACUGCGCAGUCGGUGGCUCACCAGCCGGGCCCAGCCUGAUCGGUGCCAGGGCCUGUCCUGGGCCACCGAAGGUCACUAAGGCUCCUGCCUUACGGGAACACAAGCCCCAGGCCUUGCUCUGACUACGGGCUUGGUUCUGAGAUCACGGUGAUCAAGGCCAGCCCUGCAGGCUCUAAGUGCCUGGUUACUAGUUCUCAAGUGCUGAGAACAUGCUGGAUUCUGAGUGAGCCCACUGGGGCCAUCGUGUCUGACUCUAAGCAAAAUCUAGGCCACGGCUGAGCCUCCUGAAGCUUGUGGUCUCCAGAAAACUCCAGCCACAGGGCUGGUGGGAACUACCCAGCAGGGGCCUCUUGCUGGCAACAGGCUUCACUGGGCUCAGAUGGUCCCUGGGACCUGAUGACAAAUCACAGCCUGAAAGGCAAGCCAGUGUCUGGUCAGCACCUGGUGGCUCCCAACUGGGCCCUAGACAUGGACAGAGGGGCUUGGCCAUGGUUCACCACACCAGCGCCUGAUUUUGCUCUGGAGUGGCCAGGUCAGCCUGCAGGUUUCAAGGCUUCCAGAAGCACCAGGUGCAGAAGGCAGCUCAGGGGGCUGAGAACAGGGAAGCAGGUGUGACCGGUAGGGUGAGAUCACCUGGUCCCCAGGGCUCUUGGCCAGGGGCGGGCUGAGGGGAGGACUUUGCCCCGGCCUUUUGCCAGGCCUUGAGUUGGUGCUGCUGGCAUGGCAGUGGCUUCUUGGCCUUGGGCCCUGUUUGUCUCUGGUGGCCUUCACCUGGCUCUCCUGACACUCCUUGAAUGCCUCCUUUAGUCUUGUUCCCCCAGGGAGCCAGCUCUUCUGCCCUAAACCUUGGGCGGGGUCCCUCAGGAGCUACUUGACCUCCAGUCCUGGGCUGGGCAGUUGUGGCCUGAGCUGACUUUCCAGCAGGUUCAUCCAGGGAGGGAAGGCCACAGCUGACUCACUGCCCAGGAAGGGCCCAGGUGCUGACCUGGUGGCAGAGAAAAAGCAGCUACAAAGCUGUAUUUGGCUUCCAGCCCCCUUUCCUCUAGCGCUAGACAGCCACCCUCUUCAGAGCUCAGCUCAGGGGGAUUCAGGGUCCCAGCUGGCCUGAAGCUGAUGGCUGGGUUACCCUUCUCACCACAGUGCCCACUAUUCACCCAGGAAGAACCUGGGGCUUCAGCCUUCAGUUUGGGUCAUGUUUACAGUCCUCGGGGCCCUACAUGGGGAUCUCCCAAGGACACUUUAAUCCCACCUUUAUUUCCCUGAAGUCUGCCUUUUGGUGACGGACAAAGUCCUGCUGCCCCUUCUUUCUGUCUUUGGAGACUCUGGGGUUUGGGGACAGAUGGCAGGGCAGAGCAGGGGGUACCUGUCAGUAAUCGAGGCCUGUCCAGCUCACUGCUGGCUUGGUGGGCUGGGGCUUCAGCUGGAAUUUUAUUUUUAAACACCUAGGGUAUAUAUAUUUUCUGGCAACAAAGCUUUUGUUUCCUGUUGGCUGGUAGGAAGGGAUGGGGGCCCUGGCUCUGAGAUAGGCUAGGGUGGAGGGGCAGCAGGCACUGUCCUGGGGGAGAGGGGUAGCCUUGGCUGGAGAAGCACAGCUUGGAGAGGCCAAGGUAUCUUGAGAGGGGAUCUCACCUGAUCCUCCCUCUGGCAGGUGCAUCUGGGGUCUUGGUACGUUUUCCCCUUCCUUGCCUUCCAGAAUCUUGAGGGGUGUGGGUGAGGGUGGUGGCUCUUGUCCACAGAUUUUGGAGGAGUAUUAGGGGCUGCCCAGAGCCCAUAUUCUGGUAGACUCAUCAGGUGGGGUGAAGUGUGAAACCCAGUACUGAUGUAGGUUUACAAACUCUUAAGGUACCGGGGUCCUGGUCUCCUGGGAGACAGUGGUGGGUAACGUUUCCACUACUAAAGCACAAGAUGAGGUCAGGGUGCCUCCAGGCUUGGGUAGGAAAAGAGACAUCAGGUGGCCUGUGAGGGGGAUGCAAGAGCUAAAAUAAAAGUGUGUUGAGUA